UAUUUAAUUUUCAACAUAACCUGCGUGCAAGUGAGAAUAAUAAGGGUCACAGGUUUUUCACACGGGAAAGAAAGAGAGUUCCAACUAUUCAUGAAUUAAUUGUAUAACAUAAUAUAGACAUGGAACGCAUGCUAGUGUGGGUUUCCUUAUCGUGUUAAAAUCAAUGUAUGAAGUUAACCGUCUCUCUAGUUUAUUGGUCUCUGGUUACUGCCAAAAUACGAUGGCUUUUAUUUUCGUCAGCUAUUUAUAAGUUAACAAUUAACGUUAUCAUAAAAUAAAAUCUAGUAAAGUACACUUAGUUACACUCAUAAAGUGACUACACAUAACUUGUCGUAAACCCAUGUGAAAAACAUAAAUAAUGUCCGACGCGUGGGAAGAAAUCCAAGCGGUCAAGAGUAAAAGGAAAAGCUUUCGCGAGAAGCUUGAAAAGCGGAAAAAAGAGCGGCAACACAUAUUAAAUGCAAGUUUAAGUAGCGGAGAGAAAUCUGAAGGAUCUCCUGGUGGGGCACCGAGCCCAGCAUCAGUAAAAAAUGAUGGACCAACACAUGAGAAAUCCAAGCCGAUAGUACCACCUGCAUCGUUAGAAGUACGGCUUCUCCAAGUGCUGUCAGACAUGCAGCUGCAACUACCUGCGACGGCCAGCGCUUUACUGCCAGGCCUAGGUGACGUGGAUGCGGAGAUUGUUGCUAACCUGCUCCAGAAGUUUGCUACACAGAAGCUGAUCAUGAUUAGAGAACGAACAGAGAGUACAACAGACGCAAAUGUUGAAGUGGUGAGUGCUGAGUCUGUGAGACUUGCUGCAGUGCUGGCAGCACUCAUGGAGGAGCAGUCUUCCAACAAUAACAAUAAGAGGAAAGGAGAAACACCAAAAGUCGACAGCACUAAUGCAAAAGUGGCAAAAACUUCAACGGAAGAGAAAAAGGCUGCAAAAAAUGACACUGAUUUAAUGUCUCUACUAGCUAUGCCGUCUAGCCGAGAGAAAGCAGUAAAGCGAGUAGGGGAAGAAAUCAUGGACCUUUUAAGUAAACCAACGGCAAAGGAACGAUCUUUGGCUGACAAAUUCAAGAGUCAAGGAGGCGCGCAGGUGAUGGAGUUCUGUCCGCACGGCACGCGCGCCGAGUGCGUGCGCGCCUUCAACCUGCACAAACACGAUGCGCACGCGCAGGACGCACGCGCCGCCGUCUACGCCUGCAAGAAGCUGCACUUCAAGAAGAUCAUACAGAGUCACACCGACGAGUCCUUAGGAGACUGUUCAUUCCUCAACACUUGUUUUCAUAUGGACAGUUGCAAAUAUGUUCAUUACGAAGUGGACAACACAGAUCCAAACGCAAGCGCUAGCAAAAUGCCAGAAUCCUCACCAAAAGCCGCGGUGCAAAAUGGUUCAUCGAGUGUGGUGCCCAAGCCCGAUGGCGUUCUUACACUCACACCACCGCAAUGGAUACAGUGUGAUCUCAGAUAUCUCGACAUGACGUUUCUGGGUAAAUUCGCGGUGAUAAUGGCGGACCCUCCCUGGGACAUCCACAUGGAGCUACCGUACGGCACCAUGUCGGACGACGAGAUGCGCUGCCUCGGCGUGCCGCAGCUGCAGGACAGCGGACUCAUAUUCCUCUGGGUCACCGGCAGAGCGAUGGAGUUGGGUCGCGAAUGCCUGAAGCUGUGGGGUUACGAGCGCGUGGACGAGCUGAUCUGGGUGAAGACCAACCAGCUGCAGCGGAUCAUACGCACCGGACGCACCGGACACUGGCUCAACCACGGCAAGGAACAUUGUCUGGUAGGUAUGAAAGGAAAUCCGGAGAACCUGAACCGAGGCCUGGACUGCGAUGUGAUCGUGGCAGAAGUUCGCGCCACCUCGCACAAGCCGGACGAGAUAUACGGGAUUAUUGAACGGCUUAGUCCAGGAACAAGAAAAAUUGAAUUAUUCGGUAGACCACACAACGUUCAGCCUAACUGGAUAACCCUGGGCAACCAAGUGGACGGAGUGAGGCUAGUGGACCCGGAUCUUAUAGCGGCGUUCAAGAAGCGAUACCCGGACGGGAACUGCAUGGCGCCGCCCCCACCCGACCCUGGCCUACCGUAGACAAGAGAAUAACAAAAUGAAUACACCAAAUAAACAUAUUAUCUGCUGUUUUCGAUAAUCGAUCUCAAUCGCUUUUUCGAUCCAUCGCGAAAAUUUCCAGUGAAAGUUUUUGGCAUGCUUACAAAUGACUUAUUUGGAUUGAUUUAUUUUCGGCAUCGGAUCAAAGAUUAAGUUUGAGAUAGUUUAUUGAAAACGGCUGUUAAUGACUUAUAAUCAGGUUUUACACGAACUAUUAAAGAGCUAAAGUAAGUCAUAAUUGUCAAAACAAAAAUAUUAUUUUGACGAAAAUAACUGCCUGCUACUGUCAAUUAAAAUACGGGACGUUAUUUACAACAUAAAGUUAAUAUCUUGACUAUCCAGCCAAGUUGAUUGAUGAAUUUGGUUUAUGUUCCCAUGUUGGUAUGCAUUAUAUUUUUAAAAGUAUUUUAAGGACAAGGCGUCAAACAAAUAGUUGCAAAUUCAUUACUGAACUUAUUGAAUGCACUCAAAAAUAUAUAAACUAAUAGCUCUCAAUGUCCUGCAAAUGUAUACAUAGAAAGACAACCUACAACGAUCUGAAGUUUGCCACGAAUAUCAAACUCAAUAUGUUCAUAUCGUCGCAUGUUAUCACAUGAAUGGGAAGAAAAUGAGUUCACUGGUUCCGCUUCCUAAUAUCCUUAAGGGAUGUGACAUUCUUAACCGUAUUACCGCCAUUUUCAAAAAACGAUCCCAAUCGCUUUUUUCUAUCUUAAAAAUGGACCAAUCAGAAAACAGUUUUUAUUGACAUGCUUACAAAUUAGUUAUUGUCAUUGGUUCAUUCGGAAUCAGAUUGAAGAUUGAGAUUGGGUUCGUUUAUUAAAAAUGGCUGUAAAUGAGCAGAUUGCUUGGAAUUUGGCAAAAAACACGACAUGACUCUGUGUCGCUUCAUUAGGAUUGGUUGGACACGUGACUGACGCAUUGGUCUCUCGAUCAACUAACAUAAAAAACAUCGACUUACGAGUAAUUUUUGGGACAUUCUAAAGUUGCUAGAGUAACUUCGAACCGGCUAUACAGAUUUGCGUUCUGUUACAACUAUUGCCUAAAUACAUUAGGUAUUGUAAAUAUGUUAUGUAAAUAAAACAUUUUAUAAAUGAA